AUGAUGAUCCUUUGUCUUCUUUGGCUGUACUGCUUGGUUUAUGGAGUUCUCAGUCUUGGCCAUCCAAGUAAUGAUUACUGGGAAGAAUAUGGACCGUAUGGAGCCUGCAGCCGCACCUGUGGCACAGGAGUCGCUGUGAGAACCAGGAUCUGUAACACCAUGAGGACGGAUGGUGGACACAAUUGUUUAGGGCCUUCCAAAUCCUACAAACUCUGUAACACACAGGACUGCCCUGAUGGCUCUAAAGAUUUCCGUGAAGAACAGUGUUCCCUGUUUGACCGAACGGAAUUCCAGGGAAAAAGUUACAGCUGGCGGCCAUAUUACGGAGCUUCAAAACCGUGCGAGUUGGUGUGUGUGCCCACGGGCCAGAACUUUUACUACCGGCACCGAGCAGCUGUGGUGGAUGGUACACCAUGCUAUCCGGGCCGCAGAAACGUCUGUGUGGCGGGUGUCUGCAAAGCGGUGAGACAUGGAGAAAUUGUGGAUUUUGAGGAUCACCCUUUUCCUGUCACCUCCAGACAUGGCUCUGAGGUUUCUAACCACAUAAUGGACACCUACAGGUACACAUAUGGGUCGUAUUCAGAGUGCUCUGUUCACUGUGGUCAAGGCGUGCAAACCCGUACUGUUCAUUGUAUUAAUGAGGGAACAUCAGCUGUGGUAGAUGACACCCAUUGUAUUGCACAAGGCCUCAGGAGACCAACUUCCCAGCAAGUCUGCAACCAGCCUCCCUGUGUGGAGUACAGUGUCGGCCCCUUUGGUGAUUGUUCAGUCACGUGUGGCAAGGGACAGCAGAAUCGAGAGGUCUUUUGCAUUGGGGACAGAGGGCAGCGCAUCCCAGAGCACCACUGCAAUGGCCUUGUGCGCCCACAUAACAUCACAUCCUGUCAGAGACCUGCUUGCCAGCAAGUUUUCAGAUACUAUACCAAUGACUUCAGCCUGUGUACUCGUAGCUGUGGAACCGGCACUCGGGAGCGCAAGGUGGUGUGCAUGGAUUUGGAUCACAAUCAGUAUGCAGAUGAAAUAUGCGCUUCUCUUAGCAAACCGCACACUGUGGAGAACUGCAACACACAGGCUUGUCCAAGGGCCCAAAUGGUGCCCAGCAUUCAGAACCCAAAUGGUUACAAACGCACCUUGCAAGGAUUCGUGCCUCAUACCCAUGAUGCACCCUCAGUUAACAGACAAAGUGAUCCAUACCCUCCAGUGACUGGCCCAUAUUGUGCCCAAUCAAAUUUCGGCUGCUGCCCUGAUGGUCACACUGCUGCCUCUGGCCCUCUGGGAGAAGGCUGUGCUGAAGAAGACUGUCAUAGGACCAGAUAUGGUUGCUGUCUGGAUGGAAUUACACCUGCCCAAGGUUUUAAAAGACAAGGAUGUCCUGAUCUCAUUUCUAGGGAUCAUAUUCCCAUCCGAAUCGAGUCUGCUAGUGAGUGUGGUUUGGAAAGAGAUGCUGGGUCCUGCUCUGAUUGGACAUCUCGUUUCUACUUUGAUCGUUCUUCAGGCUCCUGCUCACAUUUUUGGUUCGGUGGUUGCCAUGGCAAUGGCAAUAACUUUGUCUCCAAGGAAGAAUGUGAGAGGAGAUGUAAGGGUGCUGCCGGAGGUCUUGCCUCAAGGAAGCCAACGUUCAGGAAAGGGAUCAAGCGGGUCACAGUUUAUAAACUGAGAUCACAUGCAUAGGUGGAAUUAAAGAGGGGUCAUAAAAUCCCUAAAAAAGUCAACCAAAUUGAUUACUUAUGUAUACAAGACAAUAUACACAAUUAAAGGUGCACACAAUAAUUUUUCAUGGAUGAUAUGAUGGAAAUUAAUUGAGAUGCUAAUUUUCAAGGAUGCAGCAUAAUGCAAAAACAAAAGUGUUUACUUACUGAUGCCACUGUAGGAAUAAUGCCCUAUUUAUGUUAGACCUGAUUAAUUUAUUCUAAAGGGCAACGUGUCAAAUCUACAGCAAGAUCAAUAACAAUACACAUGAAUUCAUGAAAAUACGAACACAUUUAAAGCUUUAUGUAUUCUUUCAGUCACAUGUAACCACAGUUCUUUCAGUUCUCUCGCUGCUUAACCUUAUAUUCUUGCUAAUAAAAAG